AUGAGCGAAAUUGAAAAGGUAAGGCAAGAUGACCUGGAGCACCUUGAACAGGUCUCGUCUGCACAGAAACAGGAUGAAAGCAACGAAGAGCAGCGGUCACUUUGGGAGGCCUGCAAGCAAAGCCCUCGAAUAAUCACAUGCUGCACCGUUAUGUCCAUGAGUCCAUUUGUGUUUGGCUUCGAUAACCUCCUCAUCAGUCUGAUGACUGCCAUGCCCGCCUUCCAGGCAUCAUUUGGUGAUAGCUCUGGUACGAUUCCUGCUGUAUGGCUCUCCCUCUGGACAUCAAUGGUGGCUGUGGGUAUCAUGAUAGGAGCCAUGUUGUCUGGUCCUUUGUCUGACAGAUGGGGUUGCAAAUUCUCUGUGUCGUUUGGAGGCACCAUUGCAGUGGCCGGAAGUUUGAUCUGUGUUUUUUGUGAUCAACUUGACGUGUUACAAAACCGUCGAGUUCUCUUCCUCUUCGCAAAGAUCAUCAUUGGUGUUGGAUUGGGCUUCAUGCUUCCAGCCUCGCAAACAUACAUCUCCGAGGUAGCCCCUGUGGAACUGAAAGGGCCGCUGUUGUCAGCAUAUACUCUUACCAUGGCCAUUGGACAAGUCAUCGCCGUAGCUGGGCUCAACUCGCGAAUCUCCAUGUCCGGCCAGAUGGCCUAUCGCCUUCUGUUCGCCCUAGAAACGAUUCCCACCGGUUUUGCAGCCAUUUGCCCCUGGCUCAUCCCAGAAAGUCCCAAUUACUUCGUGAAGCGCGGGAGCCUUCCCAAGGCGACCGUCGCCUAUACCCGCCUCCUUCCGGAAGCGCAAGCAGAGCCCGCGGUCCGUCGCCUUGCGCGUGCCCUCGAGCAUGAGCGGGAGGCCCAAAAUAGCGCUGAAGCUCCCGCUUUCCAGGAAUGUUUUCGUGGCGCGAACUGGCGGCGUACGCGCAUUGUGUGCUAUGCAAACAUGCUGCAAAGUCUCGUAGGCAUCGCUAUGAUUCAAAACGCGACUUAUUUCGUGGAGCUGGGCGGGAUGAGUGCGCAGAAUGCGUUGAAUGUCACGACCGCCUCCUUGUGCCUCCUCAUUCCAGCCAUCCUGAUAUCAUGGUACUUGAUGAAUAGAGUGGGACGCCGCGCGAUCCUACUUUAUGCAACUAGCGUUAUCACGGUUCUAUGGUCGGUAAUUGGAAUUGCAGGGUGUUUUAGCUCGUCAACCGCCUUCUGGUUCGUGGGCUGUGCAAUCGUGGUGACUAACUUUGUUUACGGCAUGGGUGUGGGCAGUACCUACCCUGUGGUUGCGGCGGAGAUGUCGACUCUGCGAUUGCGAGCCAAGACCCAAGCUCUGGGAUUUACGGUGCAGUUUGUCUUUAGCUGGGCGUUCCAAUUCUCGGUGCCGUAUAUGUAUAGCACUGCGGAUGGCAAUUUGGGAGGCAAGGUUGGGUUCAUUUUUGCCGGAUUCUCAAUUAUUGCCCUAGCAAUCAUCUUCUUCGAGAUUCCGGAAGCGAAAGGACUGCGGGUUGAAGAGAUUGAUGCCCGGUUCGAGCAGAGGCUACCGACAAGGGCAUUUCAGCAGACAGCAACCAUUCAGGCUUAA